CUAAGGAGAUGGCAAACGUUCAGAUGGAAGAUAAUCGAGUCAUUGAUAUUAUCAAAUUGCUAAGGCUAGAAGGAUUAUUUAGAGCCCCUUCAAGAGAGAUAGAUAAUUGCUUAAUAUCGGCCCUAGUUGAGCGAUGGCGGCCGGAGACUCAUACUUUCCAUCUUCCACAUGGUGAGAUGACAAUCACCUUACAAGAUGUGGAGGUAAUUUUCGGACUUCCUAUAGACGGUGACGUCUUGGUUGGGCCGACUGCUGUGGUGAAUGAUGGGGGUUGGAGGCAAUUGUGUACGGAGUUGCUGGGUUUUAGUCCGCCGAAUGACAAUAAAACAUUGGUGGGGCAAAGAAUUCUCAUCAGCCGACUUGUUGAGGCCGUUGCAGCGCCAUUGCCUCAUGACGCAACGGAGAUGCAGAUACACCGGUAUGCCCGGUGCUAUAUGUUAGCGCUAAUAGGGGACAAACUUUUCAUGGACAAGUCAGGAGAUAGGGUGCAUUUGAUGUUCCUAGAGUUCCUGCGUAACCUUCGUGAUCCGCCACAGUAUAGUUGGGGUAGUGGUUGCCUGGCGUGGUUAUAUAGGGAGUUGUGUCGGGCAAGCGAGAAAGGGGCAUCGCAGAUUGGUGGGGCGUGCACGUUGGUCCAGUAUUGGGCAUGGGCAAGGUUGCCAUUCUUGUGCCCGAGAAUAGAGCCCCCACCUGGAUGUGAUUAUGGCCCAUGGCCAUAUGCUCCACUUGCAUCUAAGUGGGUGCGGGUGCCAAGCCCGAAGAGUAGGCCAUUCGGCAUGGCCUUGGUCCACUAUCGCGAGCUAUUAGUUAGAAUGCAGCCAGAGCAGAUCGUGUGGCAGCCAUACGAGGCACACUUCGGCCACCUUCCUGAGUUCUGUGUUGCGGCCAGGGAUACGUGGACAGCAAGGGUGCCGCUUGUGUGCUUUUGUAUAGUAGAGAGACACCACCCAGACCGUGUCCUGCGACAGUUUGGCUUGGCGCAAGAGCCGCCUGACCAUGUUUUCUACGAUGAUAGGCUGCAUAAAAUCGACUUACGUGGGAAGGUGGAAAAGAAUUGGAGGGACGAGCAUCGACCAUAUAUCAUUUCCUGGGAAAUGAGACGACAACAACUUUGUCAUGCACCUCCUCAGAUUGGUGAGAUGCCCCGCAAUCAUGCCUAUUACGUCUGGUAUCGUCCGGUGACUCGAAAGUAUGUCGACCGCAACAGCGCUAAAUUAGAUAUUAUGAUUCAAAGCCAUUUAGCGCUGUUGGUGAUGCUUCCUGAAGGCAGCCAAGCUCACAACUAUGUCCGGCGUGUCCUAAAUAAUGUGGCUGGCCUUGAUGGUGAUCCUGCAGUAAAUGAGCAUGCAAACAAUGGGGAUGAGACUGAACUAGCAGCUGCUGCAACCCCAAGCACAAGUGCAGCACCCGUAAGUACACCGACCCGUGGUCAUCGUGCUACUACAAGCCCAAGCACAAGUGCAGCUAGGGGUCGUCUUCGGCCUGCUACAGCAACCCCAAGCACAAGUGCAGUCAGGGGCCGUGGUCGGCGUGCAACAACCCCUCGGGUUGUAACUACUCUUGAGAUGCCUCCACCCAUCCCGCAGGCAUAUCCUCAUCCUGAGGUCCCUUCACCCAUCCCAUAUGCAUCUCCUCAGCCCGAGGUCCCUUCACCCAGCCCACCUUCGCAGCCCAAUUUUGAUGUCAGUAUUGACCAAAAUGUCACCCCUCCUAUACUCCCUGAGACACCCUCAUACCCACACACCGGCUCUAGUGCACCCACUCCUAGCCUCUACAUAGAGCAGGAUUACCCACCUACCGCAUCCUCAUCUGACCCUAUAGGACCUCCGGUUGGGAUUGACACUGUAGAGCCACAUACUGAUGUACCGGACGAGCAUCCCCCUCAUGAGCCCUCACCCCCACGAGGUAGACCGCAACGCAGUAGAAGAGCACCGACUUGUGGGACAGGUGGACACAAAAUAGGACACCGAGGCCCUGCUAUGCACGAUGAUGACCCUAAGGUUGAUGCCCCGCAACCUCCUCCCCCACCGAAACAUUACACGAGGGCUAAAAAACACAAAAUUGGUGAACCUUGAAAUUGAGCAUUCUGCUGUUAACCUGGCAGAAUCUAUUCAGCAUGGUGGAUUACCAGCACCUGGCUCUGUUGCACCGUCAAUAUUAGAGACUGGGAAAGCUUUUACAGCAAAGGGAAUGCAAGUGGUUGAACUUGUAGGCAAGGAGACUAUUGAUCUACUAAUUACUGAAACUGGUAUUGAAGUUGAGAAGAAUUCAAAAGAAACUGAACAACAAACUGAUGAGGAUCAGUUGUACGAGGAAGUGACAUUUGAUCGAUGCUUCUACAUAUAUGGAGGUCCAGAAUCGUUGGAGGAGCUGGAGGCAUUGUCCAACCAUCAUGGCCUGUUAUGUAACCGAAGAAAAGCAAAAUUAUCAUCGGAACAGAGACCUGCAUGUGACUACUGCUUAAACAGGUCCAGCAAAUUUUUAGUUUGACUACUGAAAUGGAUUGAAAUGGUGUAGAGACAGACAAAGGGAAGAAAGUAGACACUGGGGCUGAGGGAAGUGAUGAUGAGAUGAAGAAAUUACACGACUCAAGUGUGAGCAAGGCUGCUGACAUGGCUGUGGGGUUCAGUAAUGCAUUAGCAGGAGUAGCUGUUAAUGAUAUGAUCCAAAGGACUGCUGGCAGAAUAGACUCGCUUCACUCAGAGGGAGUUCAUAGACUCUCAGAAAUGUGCUGUUUUGCUGUUUCUCAACUGUUGAUGCUUGGUAAAUCCAUUCUUUCUAAUGCUAGCAAAGUUCAAGAUGAAGUUGCUGAUGAGGAUAUUGCCACAAUUGACUGGCCUGGGGAUUCUGUUGAAAAAGCUAAGAUAAUCAGAACAAAGGCACAGUCAAUGACAGGAUAUGUGGACGCUGUUUCCAACAGCUUUAUUACAGAAGAAGAGAAUGGAGAAACCCAUUCUGGACGAAUUGUACCACAUAUUUACCAGUCCUGCAGUCCAAUUCAUCGACUAUGGCAUGAUGGGUGAUGGUUCCAAGUCUGAAAACGAAAAAGAAUUAAAGACAAGUUCUUUAGGGCAUUUCGCGAAGAAUUUGGUGAGGAAGAGCCUGGGCGAAGGUGUAAUGUUCCCUCCAAAUCAACUACUUCCUCUUUUUCUUGUAGGUUAAAGCUUAGUCAUUGCUUUUCUUAUUCUUUUUUAUCGCAAUAUUACUGUCACUUUUUUUAUUACAAUAUUAGAAGACAACAACUGUGGAAUUUGGAUGAGUAUGAUCUUGUAUACAACAAAUACAAAUUGUGCAAUUUGGAUAA